AUGUAUAUGUCUAUGCUUGGUCUGGCUUCGUUCUUGGAUUGGAAAAAUAACCAGAAAACAGCGCGGGGCAUCAUGUGGUUUGGCCUAGGGACAAUUGUUGGGUGGCCGUUUGCUGGUGCUCUCAUUGUGCCUCUUUUGGUUGAAGAGGCUAUCGUUGGGUUCACUUCUGGAUCCGCCGGCUUACUGUUGUAUAAUGUCAUUGAGGGCAUCAUUCGUUGUUUGUCUAUUCUAGCUCUUGAAGUUGCAGUUGACUAUGCUUUCUUCCGAAAGCUAGUUCUCGUCCCUUGGAACAUUGUUGCGUACAACAUCUUCGGGGGAGAAGGUAAGGGACCGGAUAUCUUUGGAACUGAGCCGUGGACCUUCUACGUUCGAAACCUCUUGCUCAACUUCAACGUCUGGUUUGUCUUCGCCAUGCUAUCCGCGCCCCUCUUACUUUUUCAAAUCAUCUUUCGAUCGCACACCACGUCCUUGCACACAUCCUUGCGGUCCAUGACGCUUGUCGCUCCCUUUUACAUGUGGUUCGUAAUUUUCUCGGUCCAGCCACACAAGGAAGAGCGGUUUAUGUACCCAGCAUAUCCGUUCCUGGCACUCAACGCGGCUUUGAGCUUCCAUCUUAUUUUGACCUACCUUGGCUCCACCAACCAAAAGGAACUGAUCGGCCGCGUACCAACCAAACUGAAGAUUUUUGCAGCAUUGUCAGUUGUACUAGUCGGUCUGAACGCCGGAAUGCUGCGCACUCUAGGGAUGGUUACAGCCUAUAACGCUCCAUUGAAGGUGUUCAACCCCCUUCAGAGUGUGGAUAUCACGCAUGCAGGAGACUCGGUGUGCUUCGGCAAGGAGUGGUACCGCUUCCCGUCGUCAUAUUUCCUUCCCAAUGACAUGCGCGCCAAGUUCAUACGAAGUGAAUUCCGAGGACUACUUCCAGGCGAGUUCCCAGAUGCGCCGAGUUAUCUUGCGCGUCUGGAUGGUGCCUCGCAGAUUCCAUCUGGCAUGAAUGAUCUCAACAUCGAGGACCCUAGCAAAUACGUUGAUCUCUCUCAAUGUUCUUUCCUGGUUGACUCUUACUUCCCUGGUCACGACGCAACCGAACUAGAGCCCCAGUAUUUCCUGGACAAGGCGCAGUGGGAAACGCUUUCCUGCGCAAGCUUCCUCGAUGCGUCUCAAACAGGUCUGCUAGGUCGAUUGAUCUGGAUUCCUGAUCUCCCAGUCAUUCCAGUCCACUUCCGACGCAAAUGGGGCGAAUACUGUUUACUCCAACGAAAAGUCGCAAGCCAUGUAUAG